CAGUCGUUAUGGCUACAUUGUUGCAGUAACAGACUUUCGCGCGUGGCAUUAGUAUAAAUUGCAUCAUUAUCGUCAUUCAUUCAUUCAUUUCUUGAUGACAAUGGAUAUCAAGAACAGCUUGAGUCGCCCAUUUUGAAGCUAUUGGACGCGUUCCUCUGCCCAGGCGUUGCUGACGCAUGCCAGGUCUUACAACGCCUGGAUAUGUAUUUUAUGUAUCCGCUAACUACGUCUGUUAUAGCAAUCUGUCAGUCAAUGACAGUCGAUGAUGUGGCACGCAACCAUUGGUUGAUGCAUGCAACUUCUGAGCAGGGGAACCUGACCAACAUGUGGGCAUUGCGUGCAUCAACCAAUGGUUGCAUCCAUUGCGUCAUCCACUUACCGAUUUGCUUUAACAUAUGAUGUGGUUAGCUGAUACAACGCCUGGAUAGGUAUUUUACGUAAGAUUCGGCAUGCGUUACCAGGAACGCCUGUAUGUGGAAUAUAACUUGGGCCGACCCAAUCCGUGUGCUAGUGACUGGCGCUGCUGGACAGAUCGCCUACUCUCUGCUGUACAGCAUCGCCAAGGGAGAUGUCUUCGGCAAGGACCAGCCCAUCAUCUUGGUCCUGCUGGACAUCCCUCCCAUGUUGCCAGUUCUGGAUGGGGUUGUGAUGGAGCUGCAGGACUGUGCUCUCCCACUCCUCAGGGAGGUCAUCCCCACUGACAAGGUGGAAGUGGGCUUCAAGGAUCUGGAUGCCGCCAUCUUGGUUGGCUCUAUGCCCAGGAAGGAGGGCAUGGAGAGGAAGGACCUCCUGAAGGCCAACGUGGCCAUCUUUAAGACCCAGGGUGCUGCCCUGGAGAAGUACGCCAAGAAGACCGUCAGGGUCUUGGUGGUGGGAAACCCUGCUAAUACCAACUGUCUGAUUGCCUCCAAGUCCGCCCCCUCCAUCCCCAAGGAGAACUUCUCCUGCCUGACCCGUCUAGACCACAACAGGGCCCGUUCCCAGGUGGCGAUGCGUUGCGGCGUGCCCGCCGACGCAGUCAAGAACGUCAUCAUCUGGGGCAACCACUCAUCCACCCAAUACCCCGACGUGCACCACGCCAUGGUCAACGUGCAUGGCAAGGAGGUGGAGGCGUACGGCGCCGUGAAGGACGACAGCUGGCUCAAGGGAGACUUCAUCUCUACGGUGCAGCUGCGUGGUGCUGCCGUCAUCAAGGCCAGGAAGCUGUCCAGUGCCAUGUCUGCCGCCAAGGCCAUCUGUGACCACAUGAGGGACUGGUGGUUCGGCACUCUCGAUGGUGAGUUCAUGUCUAUGGGUGUGUACGCUGGUGGAAACUCCUACGGAAUCCCCGAAGACCUCAUUUACUCAUUCCCUGUUCAUAUCAAGAACAAGUCAUGGAAUAUCCAUGACGGUCUGCCCGUCAACGACUUCUCCCGCGCCAAGAUGGACGCCACAGCCGCCGAGCUGGUGGAGGAGCGAGACACGGCCCUGUCCUUCCUGAGCCAGUGACUCGCGGUGCCACCUACUGGCACACCGCCACAACAACAGCACUUAGAAGACCCCCAGAACCCUCCUGACUCACGUCUGUGACCAAUACACCCACUCGAGUCCUGCUGCACAUUUGACGAGUGUGUGUACCUCUCUGUAUGUAUGUGUGUGUGUUUCACUCUGUUCAUCUCUUUAAGGUAACGGUUAUUAAUAAUAAACCUGUAAUAAAAAGAAAGCUAUCUAAACGUUGGCCUUUGUCAGAAGACACUGGAGGAUUGUCCUUUGGGUAGAUGAUAACGCACAAUAGCUCUACUGUACUCACACGUUAUCCAACAAUAAAAACAGGUACAACUGAUA